CAAAGCCCCUCUCCACUUACCGUAUGUCGUCUGCCCCGGCGGAUUAUCAGCAAUCACCCACGACAUUCUCGGCUCAAAGACCUGGUCCUAUGCCUCCUCCGUCAGAAAAACCCGCUUCCAAUAGAGAUUCAUAUACAGGUAUAGAUCAAGUCAUAGCGCCAGCCGUUCCUGUCCAUCAUCGUUCUACCAGCCCAACACCCGGUACUGACAUUUCAUCAGGUGCCUCAAGCGAGCGACCUAAACCAAAGGUGACAUUCGAUGAACUUAAGGAGAAGUAUAGGAAAGUCAAGCGUGAAAAGCGUGACUUAGAACACAAGACUGAGCAAUUGACGGGUCAAGCCCAUCGUAAUGCAGCUUCUAUUGAACUACUCAAAGAGCAAUUCAGUGAAUCCGAACGCAUGCGAGAGGAACGAGAUGCUGAUUACGAGCGACUUCAACAACGACUAGAGCAAGUUCAAAUACGUUUGGAAUCCCGAGAGCAGGAAUAUGACCGCUUGCAAGCCAACUUCAUCUCUCAUAUGCGUGCUAUUCGCGCUACCGAUGAUGAUUUAUCCACCAUCCGAACAAAAUUGGCCAACUUGCAUGGCUCUGUGGCGCAAUUCUCUAUGGGACUCAAAAAACACAUUGUCGAUCGAAAGCAGGCUGGCAAGGCAUUUGCUCGCGUGUACCCUCACUUGGAUACCUGGGUCACCGCUAAGGAUCUGGAAGCUCCCGUCAUCAUGCAGUUGACUGAAAAGCUGGUCAACGAUGCUCUGAUCCGAGUGUAUGUGGCUCCUGGUAUCUACCCGGGCAUGCAUAUUAACAGCGCUUACAAUGAAUUGAGUCAAUGGAUGCAAAGCCGAGGCGCUGACGAUGGUGUUCUACGCUUAAAGCAACAGCUCUGCUACUUGAUUGCACGCGAUCGAACCCCAGAGACAAGAGCUGAGAUUGCGUCGGCCCAGAAGCUCGUCUCGGACCAACUCUUUACCUCGCUUCUCGAUAUCUACCCAUCCAUGGAGAAUGUCAUGCGAAGUAAAAUCGACAAAUUUAUCGAAAAGGCUUUCGACUUGAGUCUUUGUAUCCGUGGUCAGGAAGUUGACGUGAAAGUGUUACCCAUAAAGGAAGGAGAUACCUUCGAUACCCGCACCAUGGCGCCUGACUACAAAGGAGUCGCAGAAGGCCAAGUUAAACUUGUUGUAUGCCCGCCCUUUGAAGCCAUUGAAGGAGAUCAUGGUUUCUUACUGCCAGCCAAGGUCAUAUGUUUACCUUAGGUCUUUAUCCCUUUCCUAUUCCCUGUUCUUUACAAUACGUCGUAAUGAUACGUAAUUUUCACUCGACCGUGUGUACAACCUAUUCCCAUAUGCUUUUUCUCUCCUUGUAAUUCCUUUUUACGAAAACCUCACGUCUGUAUUUGAAUAUCAGGCAGGCAUGCUCACUCUUAUUCUAUUUUCCCUUUUCCUUGGAUAUUCGCCAUAUCUUCCUAUUCUCUUAACCUUCCGGUGCCAUUUUGAAAUAGAGUAUCGCAUACAUACGUCUGUCAUUUGUGAGCCUCAUUUUACGACCAUAACCAUGAUGAUAUGCGUUUACAAUCUGAUACAAAUAACCAUGCAUCGGUGAUAUAGGGUUG